UUCUCCGCCGCUAAUCACCGAGGGAACAGCUGGGAUCCCGCACGCAGGCCGCCAAUCAAUUGUCACUUCAUUUUUAUCGGAGUGGCGGCGACGGCGGCGGCGGGGUGAGAGGCGGAAGGGCCUGUAGUGCGUGUGUCUGGUGAGAGUAGGGUGGCCGGUGCUCCGGUGCCGCCCCGCCAUCACCACUGCCAUCACGACGCCUCCUCGCGCGCACAGUGGCUACCACCAAGUACCCUUGGUACCUCACGCCCUACAGCCUCUAUGAGCUAAGUAUGAGAGGGAGUGGCAAGCGCAAAGUGGGUCCGGAUAACGAGGAUGGGGAGGAAGAAGGUGGAGGAGGUGGUGGCGGCGGCAGUGGAGGAGGUGGAGGAGGUGGAGGGGGAGGAGGAGGCGGUGGAAGUGGAGGUGGUGGUGGAGGCGGAGGUGCCAGGAAGGAAAGGGACAUGGAUCUGCCGCCGAUGCCCAAGAGGCCUUCCCUUGUCUCUAUCGACAGCGAAGACGAGAACAAGAUGGUGGAGGUGAAAACAGGGAUCUGCGGGCUCGAUCCUACCACAGGGAAGGGGAAGCAGAUCCACCUUAUCCAGAUGUUGCUGCUUCCCUUCGUCCCUAUCAUGGCGCUCAUCAUCCAGAACUCUAUCAACAUGGUCAGCAUCCUCGAAUACCAACACGACAUGCAGGAAACCAUCGACCAGGUUCAGAUCAGCACGGGUCUUGGUAACGUGACAGAGGCCUUGCAGUCUGAGAGGGCCGAGAUCGCCUUCUACCUCUUUACUAACGGCUCCAUCAUUCGCCGCAACCUGUCCGAGCACUUCGCCUACACCAACUCCCUUAUCGAGAACCUCAAGUGGCCCGCCUUCAGGAUCGACGACCACCUCUUCCAGAAUAAGAUCUUGUUUCGCAUUCGCCUGGACGACUUCCGCGACAAGAUCACACGUUUCGACACACCCAACAUCGAGGCGGGCAUUGCCUUUUACAACCGAGCCAACUACAUCUUCCUUGACCAGCUAACGCGUGAGAUCAAGGAGAAGGACGCCUCAGGAGUUUGGCGGCCACUGCUCGCCUACAAGAACAUGAUUCGCGCCAUCGAGCAUCUUGGCAUCUCGAUGGUGUUUGGCGAACAGUACUUCGGCCGCGGGGAUCUCGACCAGAGCUCCUACAUCGCCUUUGUUACAAACGACGCCCUUGGCCAGGACUUUCUGAACGCGUCACAGAAUUUCGCCUUCUGGAUAAGCACGCGAUACAAGGCGCUGCAGAAGGAUUACCCGUGGUACUCCAACAUCACCCGCCGCAGACUAGAGAUCCUGGGAAGGGAGAAGAUACAACCAGAUUUUGAGAAGGCCACCGAGUAUUUCUACGCCAUGCUGGGAUAUCUGGACGCCCUGCAGAAGAUCCAGUACGAGAUCAGAAAGACGAUCCAGCACACCAUCGUGAAGGAGAUGCUAGCGUCCAACAGCCACGUGGUGAUUGGUAUCGCGCUCCUCGCCGUGGUGCUCAUCAUCUCACCUGUUAUCAUUAUUCUGGUGCGCAUGAUCACCAGGACGCUGCAGGCCUUCUCAGAGACGCUGCUACACAAGACUCACGAGUUGAGGUUCGAGAAGAAGAGAUCGGACAAGCUGCUAUACCAGAUGCUGCCGAGUAGUGUGGCGCAGCAGCUCAGGAUACACAAGACAGUACCUGCCGAGACCUUUUCCUCCAUCACCAUUUACUUCAGUGACAUCGUGGGCUUCUCUGAGAUGGCCUAUCAGAGUACACCAAUGCAGGUGAUCUCCCUCAUGAACGUGUUGUACAAGAUGUUCGACUGCCGUAUAGACUGUUAUGACGUGUACAAGAUCGAGACCAUCGGGGACGCCUACAUGGUGGCCUCGGGACUCCACAUGAGGAAGAAAGGUAAGGACCACGCCGCCGAGAUCGCCGCCAUGGCCAUCGACCUUCUGCACGGGACGGAGAACUUCGUCAUUCCUCACAUGCCCGGCGAGAGACUCAAGAUCCGCAUCGGCAUCCACACGGGCCCUGCGGUAGCCGGCGUCAUCUGCACCAAGACACCACGCUACUGUCUCUUUGGGGACUCCGUUAUCCUCGCUGCUAAGAUAGAGUCAUCAGGCCUGCCAUUCAAAAUCCACAUUUCCCAAGACACCAAGGACAGUUUGGAUCGCGUCGGCGGAUUCAUCGUUAAACUGAGAGGAGAACUUGACGUAAAGGGACGAGGAGUGAUGGACACAUACUGGCUGACGGGGAAGCACGGUGUCCUGCCUGACCGCCGUCCUUGCUCAGGGAAAGAGGAGGACAUGGGGUUUAUGGCCGACAACGCCUACUCUGAGUCAGGCCGCCGCCCCAAGGAGGAGGCCAAGCACCCGUCCUCCUUCGCCAAAACAUUAGGGCUGUUCAGGGAGAUACUUGGAUGAGACUCGGAGAACGUUGUUAGGAAACCAUAUCACAGGCUGUUCGUUUAUCGGUAGUUACCACGAAAGGACUGUGUGCAGCUGUCCUGUUUAUUAUUAUUGGUGGUGGUGUUAUUAUUGUUAUUAUUUGUGUUAUUAUUAUCAUUGUUAUUAUC